AUGGAUCCCGCAGCAGGCUGGACUGGGGGGUACGGAGCGGCAGGUAGCGAAGCAGGUGCGCCAGCGGCGGCGGCUGGGGCGAAGGCGGCAGCAGCGGAGGCGGUGAGUGCGAGAACAAGACAGGAUCAGGCCGAGUCCGAGGUCGAGGCUGCGACGAUCGGAACGAGAUGCGCUGGCAAAUGGGAUGGCGCAGCAGGGUCGGUGCUUGGUCCGUUUGUGCGGCGCGAUGCGGCGUCGCGGUCGAGAUGGCGCAAGGCAGUGGCGGUGGCACUCCUCCCGGUUGCGGUUGUCCGGCUCGUGCUCUUUGUGGGCCUCGCCGUCGUCUACUGGGGCGCGCAUGCGUGGCUUCCGCGGCGCGGGGCAUGUGGGCGUAUCCGGCGGAUGGUACUCUACGCUCUGCUCCGUGCGGUGGCUGCAGUCAUCGGCUUUGUGGCCGUCUCGAUCGUCGGCGCCCGCCCGCCACCAUCGGCGAUGCCGCCGGUCAUUGUGGCCAAUCACAUGUCGUAUCUCGACGUCCUCUUCUUGCUUAUGCUCUUCCAGCCGGCGUUUGUCUCGGCCGCCUGCGCUCGGCAUGUGCCUAUCAUCGGUCCCAUCGCGACAUCGCUGAGAUGUCUCUUUGUCGACUUUGACGCGGGAGCGCCCGCAACCUCGCUCUCGGCUGCCAUCGCGGCGCGGGUCGGCAGCUACCGCUCGCCUGGGGCUGACGCCGACGUUGGCGAGCGCGAUGACGAGACCGCUGUUCCGCUGGCGAUCUUUCCCGAGGGCACCACAACCAAUGGCACCGCACUGCUCCGCUUCCGGACCGGCGCUUUUGUACCGCUAGCGCCGGUUCUUCCGGUCAUCAUCGAGUAUCCGCACGCUACCUUUUCGCCGGCAUGGGAGUCGAUUGAGAUGUGGUGGCACAUUCUCUUUCUGCUCACCGCCGUCUAUCACUCGGUCACGUCGCCGCGCGAGUAUGCCGAUGCGGUAGCAGAAAUCAUCGCUACCCGCGCCCGCCUGCCCAUCGUUGAUGCUCGCCGCAGCGAUAAGCUCCUCUGGCAUGCUGUCCUCCGUGGCCGACUCACCCUCGCCGAAGCCCUUGCCCGUUCUUCGGUUGCAUAG